AUGCACGGAUACCUGGCCAUCCGUUACCCGCUACGAUCACGGGAACUCCGCACGCCCCGUAAUGCUGUGGUGGCCAUGGUGAUCAUCUGGGGCCUGUCGCUGGUCUUCGCCGGCCCCUAUCUGAGCUACUACGACCUCAUCGACUUUGACAACAGUACGGUGUGCAUCCCGGGCUGGGAGGAGCAGAACCGAAAAGUCUUGGACACUUGCACCUUCGUGUUCGGCUACGUGAUUCCCGUGCUUAUCGUGAGCAUGUCCUACACCAGAACCAUCAAGUACCUUUGGACUGCGGUGGACCCUCUAGAUGGAAUGUCCGAGUCCAAACGAGCCAAGCGUAAAGUGACUAAAAUGAUCAUCAUUGUAACUGUUCUUUUCUGCAUUUGCUGGCUGCCAUACCACGUUGUCAUCUUGUGCUAUCUCUACGGAGACUUCCCCUUCAACCAGAUCACGUACGCGUUCCGGCUGCUGUCUCACUGCAUGGCGUACGCUAACUCAUGCGUCAACCCCAUCGUCUAUGCUCUGGUCUCCAAGCAUUUCCGCAAAGGGUUCAAGAAAGUCUUCAGCUGCAUCUUGAGUAAGAACGGCCGGAAUAAGGUGCAUGUUGUCCACGUGGCCAACACGGUGCCCGGGUUUGAGGCCGGGUCCACAGAGGUGUCCCAAAUGCACGAGGAGCGGCAAAACGAGUGCGAGAUGGUAAACAGGCCGCGACCGCAGCCUCGGGAACCAACCGUGACGCUCAACAUGCCCUUUCAGAGGCCCACCUGA